AUGUGUCUGUUUGGGAGUUUCAUACAAGAGAACUUGCCCCUCCAGCUCCUGCUGCUGGUGGGGGUACCUGUGACCACUGUGUUCUUGCUGGUACAAUGCCUUGGUUGGAGCUGCCCCUGCAGCAGAUACCAGAGGAAGUCAGGGACACCAGAGGGCUUGGAGGAACCAGUUCCUAUGCCCCUCUCUUUGCCAGAGGAUGAUAUCCCUAGGCAGAGUCCACCAGCCAGUCUGACAGAGAUGGCCACCUUCUACCAGGAGCUGUUCACACCCACUGAGGGCAGAACUGUGGUCCGGCAACUGAUGAACAAACUCUUGGUGUUUGCAUGGCGUGAAGUGGAUCACCAGGGAGGCUGUCUGCUGCUCAAGGACAUGGGCAUCUCUCUAUUCAUCCCUCCAGGUGCAAUAGCUCUGGGCCGCCGGGAGCAGAUAUCGCUGGCCCUGGUGUGGGACUUGUCAGAUGCCCCAUCACUGUUGAGUAAGCAGGCUUUAGUGAGCCCUGUAGUGGCGUGCAGCCCCCAUGGAGCCUCCUUCCUGAAGCCCUGCACUCUUACUUUCAAACAUUGUGCCCAGAACCCCAGCCAUGCCUGUACCUAUUCCAGCAAUACUGCCCUGCUUGAUACCAAGAUUUGGAAACCCCUAGGACAGCCUGGGGCUCACACUUCAAGGGAUGAGUGCCAAAUCCCCAUCUCCCACUUCAGUCUCUACACCUGUGUGCUUGAAGCUCCCAAUGCAUAUGAUGCCCGAAAAUGGCUGCAGCUAGCUAUGUUCUGCUCACCCUUGCUCCCGGGACAAUCUCACCUGCAGCUUCGUAUCUAUUUCCUCAACAACACACCCUGUGCCCUGCAGUGGGCAGUGACCAAUGAGGAACCCCACGCCGGGCGCCUCCGAGGGCCCUGCCAGCUCUUUGACUUCAUGGGAACCCGGGGGGACCAGUACCUGAAACUCAAGUACAUCUCUGAAGGCUGGGAAAAUGUGGAUGACAGCAGUUGCCAGAUGGUACCCUACCUCCACAUUUGGCAUGGAAAGUGUCCCUUCCGCUCCUUUUGCUUCAGAAAAAAAGCAGGAACCAACGAGGACAAAGAUGACAUGGCACUGACCAAUGAGAUUAUUGUCACUCUGCACACCUUCCAGAAUGGCUUGGAGACCAAGUACAUGGAGAUCUUGAGGUUCCAGGCAUCAGAGGAGGAAAGUUGGGCAAUGCCACCUCCAGUCUCCCGACCUGCACCAUGCAACAGGUUGCCUCCAGAGCUCUUUGAGCAGUUGCAGAUGCUUUUGGAGCCGAGCAGUAUCACAGGCAAUGACUGGCGCAGGCUGGCAUCCCACCUAGGGCUGUGUGGCAUGAAGAUCAGGACAGUGGAGUCUGUGGUUGCAGCCACAGAGAAAGAGGCUUGCAGUAGCCUCUUGCUUGCAGUAGUGGUGGCAGAUCUGCCCUCUGGCUUUGAGCACAACACCUGA